AUGUCUAAAGCCAACAAGAGUUCUGUGGCGCAGUUCCUUCUGCUGGGGUUCCAUGAAGUGGAAGACUUCCAGAUUCCAUUUUUCUUGCUUCUCAUGGUGGCAUAUGUUACAACCAUGGCUGGAAAUGGUUUGAUCAUUGUAUUGGUAUCAAUGAGGAACCAGUUAUAUUCCCCCAUGUACUACUUCCUGGGUCACCUUUCUGCUUGUGAUAUUCUAAUAAGCACAAAUGUCACUCCUAAAACAUUACAGGUUGUCCUAGCAGGUCGGUGUCUCAUAUGUGCCAUGUGCUGUGCCACUCAGUUAUUUUUUUUUGGUGCUUUUGCAUUUACAGAAUGUAUUCUCCUUACUGUGAUGUCCUAUGACCGAUAUUUGGCUAUUUGCGACCCACUGCACUAUGCCUCCAUCAUGAACAACAGGCUUCCUCAUUAUUUGACGGCUUUGUCUUGGAUGAUUGGUUUUAUUAUUGCUCUGAUUAAUAAUUUUAUUUUAAUGGAGAUUAACUUUUGUGGUCCAAAUAUCAUCGAUCAUUACUUUUGUGAUGUACCUCCUCUCUUGGAACUCUCAUGUUCAGACACAUCACUUAUGGAAAAUGCAAUCUCUUCAAUUACCAUAAUUGGUCUUCUCCAGCUAUGUUUUGUCAUAGUAACAUACAUCUGCAUCUUCAUAUCUAUUAUCCGGAUAUCUUCCUCUACUGGUAGGCAGAAGGCAUUUUCAACUUGCAGCUCCCACUUGACUGUGGUCUGUAUGUAUUAUGGGACUUUAAUAUCCAUAAAUAUAACUCCAUCAAGAGGUUACUCCCUGAAUUUGAAGAAAUAUUUAUCUCUGUUAAACACUGUAUUGACUCCACUGUUGAACCCAUUGAUCUACUCUCUAAGGAACAAUGACAUCAAGAAAGCCAUUGGCAGGAUAAGGUCCACAAGAGUUGCUCUAAGAAUUCAUUGA